AUGAGCGUUCCAAGGGUCUAUACUUUGGGUAGCGCUCCCCUGGUGUAUUUAAUGAGUCAUGAGCUGGCGUCUUUGAGCUUUCAGCCCAAAGUGCCUGAGAUUGUACUGUUGCUUCAGGAUCAGAAGAAACUGAACCGAUUUUUAGAAAACGAGUCAAAGUUAGUCAUCCGAAGUCGCGGGGGCGGAGCUGAUUACUCCUGUCAAUAUAUGGCAUCCUGCUCACCGCCUAAAUUUGCGUCUGGCGACCUCGCCAAGCUGGACAACUUGGUUGUAGGUGAAAAAAAGCCAAGAGCAUCUAUACAGGCGCUGAAGAAAUAUUCUCGAUCGCUCCAUUCUGAUACAAAUGUGCUGCUAUUGAAUCCAGCGAUGGGUCUGCUGGAUUUGUUACGGAAAAACAUUUGGAACGAACGAGGGUUCGUUCCCAAUUUGUUCAUCGGUGUGACCAAUACUAGUGGCUUCUGUAGGCCCAAAGAGUUUACUGCCGAACUACCGAACUUCCAGAAUACUCUUCAGAUUUGCUCAGUACCGAGAACGCAUGAGGGAUAUACUUAUGAGGGAGAUGUACAAGGGGCUGCAAUGGCGAUGGAAUCCAAUAAUCUGCUGAAGUUGUUUGCAGCAGUGAAUCAAGAACAGUCCGGGUCUGGGCUUGGUAUCGUAUGCCGUCCUUACGGGGAUGUUCUGCUGUAUCGGCUCGAGCAGCUCAUAGUUCAGUCAUGUGUGAAUCCCAUAAUGGCGCUUUACGGUGCUCAAGCCCACGAUCUGAUGACCAGUGAGUCCCUGGUGAAAAUGACUCGAGCUCUAAUAACAGAGUUUGUGCAUGUCCUCAAAUCAACUGAUAAGUUCAUUAACAACAUCCCAUAUUCUCAAGGUGCGCUUGAUGCAGAGCGGUUACUUGCUGCGGUAGCGAGGUACUGCAAAAGCUAUAAUAGUAAGGCAUUCAACGAGCUUAAUGUCCACGACGUAAAUCAACUGAAUGGAUUUUUCGCUCUGAAAGCCAGGAGGCGAAACAUAAGGUGCCCCUUAAACGACGCUAUCAUGGCAUGUUCCAAGGCAAAGCUCGAACUGGCCCGCAAUGCGAGGUUGGAUUUUAGAUACCUGUAA